AUGGGGGGGGAAGGGGAAUGUCGCUGCAGCAAAAAGCCAGCUGCAGAGGGAUGACAAGGAUUGGGAGAAAGAGAGAUGAAGUAAUGCAGAUAUAGAAAGAGAUGGGGAUUAAGAGGGAUCGAGAAGAAGGAGGGGUGGAAGGAGAUAAAGAGGUAAACAAAAGGAUGGAGGGAGAUACAGAAACAGUGAGAUGAUGGAGUGUCAGAAGGAGGUAUAGAAAGAGAACAAUAGCAGAUAAGAGGGAGAUAUAGAAAGAUGGAGGGAUAGAGAAAAAGAGGGAGGUAUAAAAAAGGAUGCAGGUGAUGACUUUCCCUCUGUCUCAUAGGUUUACAUGUUUGUUUACUGUAGUAAAUGAAUGCAGUGUCACAUUAGUGGGCUUUACACGUCAUAUGAGAACACACCAAUACCAGAGAGAGAGUUUGUAUGAGAGAGAGAGAGAGAGAGAGAGAAAGGUGGGGGGGCCAAGCAAGAGAGAGAGAGAGGGAAGAAGAGGGGGAGAGAGUGUCGUAAAUCACAGCACAUCACAGCGGACGAGAGGGAAACUUGUGAUAAGGAUUGCUCUUGUUUCCCCCUUCCAAGCUUUUCUCUUAGCCUCUGGCAACAUUUUUCUAUCUGAAAGCAUAAAGCUCCGCCGUUUCUCUGAGAGGCUUGUGAGGAUGGAGUGGAAUGAGGUGGAUUUGGUGCAGGAAUUUACUGUUGAAGGACAAUGCAGCAAAAUUAAAGUCCGCUCCUGCAGGAUCACAUGGGACAGCCUGCAGGUUCCCCGUGUGGAGCUGACCCUCUCUGAGCUCCAGGAAAUGGCCACAAGACAACAGCAACAAAUAGAGGCUCAGCAACAGAUGUUGGUCGCCAAGGAGCAGAGACUGAGGUAUCUUCAGCAAGGAGGCAGAUCUAACCAGGGACAGACACAGUCUGAAGCUGAGAAACUGCAGCGGCUGAAGGAGCGAGUGGAGACUCAGGAAGCCAAGCUGAAGAAGAUCCGAGCCAUGAGAGGACAAGUCGACUACAGUAAACUGAUCAACGGAAACCUCUCUGCAGAGAUUGACCAUGUUAGCAGCCUGUUUCAGGAGAAGCAGGCAGAACUGCAGUCUGCUGUGGUCAGAGUGGACCAGUUGACCCAGCAGCUGGAGGAUUUGAGGAGAGGACGCCUUCAGCUGCACUCUGUUGCACCAGCUCAGGGGGCACCCACCGGGUCCCAGGGUGCACCCACUGGCCAGAAAGGAUCCCCCCUGUCUGGUCCUGCAGCCCUGGAGCUGAGGAAACUCUACCAGGAGCUGCAGGCUCGUAACCGUCAUAACCUGGAGCAGAGCAGCAAGUUGGCCCAGAACAAGGAGCUGCUGAACAAGAGGAACACCCAGGUGACGGUGAUGGAUCAACGCAUUGGAGACCUGAGAGAACGGCUGCAUAAGAAGAGAGCAGAAUUGAGUCGUAUGAAUGGAGGAGGCCCGUCCUCGCCUCAGACGUCUUCCCACCCAGGUGGUGGAGUUUCGGGUCGAGUAGCGGCUGUCUGCCCCUACAUCCAGGUUCCAGCGGAGGGGAGACAAGAGGCGGGGUACCCCGUGCCAGCUGACCCACCACCCAAACCCAACCCACUCAGCCACAUCCGCUCCCUCUCAGACGAGGACAGGAGUGGCGUCAGGAAGCCUCCCAGCCAAUGGAAAGUGUCAGAUUUAGACAUCGUCCUGUCAGAGCCCACUGAGACGUGGGAGGGACCUCGGUCCCCUCAGGGGGGCGACAGUAACAACACUAAUGAAGCAUCAUGGCCUAGCAUCAGUAAGAAUGUGUCAGAUUGGAGGACCAACAGUCCAGAACAGCAUCCGUCUGGUUAUGGUACCUACCCCAGUGCCACCCACCAGGCGGCAGGGCAUCACUGUGCCACCAGCUCCCUGCCACGUUCUGCCCCUGGUACACUGGGCUGGCCACGAUCCAGUGCUGCAAAUGCCACCUCAUCCUCCUCUACAUCAUCUUCCUCUUCGCAACAAAUACAGCAACGGAUCUCUGUCCCUCCAAAUUCAAGCCAAGGCCCUGCCUCCACCUCCCAGGCUUCUCCCUUGUCCCCACAAACAGAGCGAACAGAUCCCCCUCCAGCGGUGGCCGUACGUCCCUACGUCCCGGAUCACCCCUCCAGGCCCCAGUCCCCCAGGAAGGGCCCCGCCACCAUGAACAGCAGCUCCAUCUACAGCAUGUACCUCCAGCAGCCUCAGGCCAAAAACUAUGGAUCUCUCAGCAACAGGACUACUCUGAAAGCAGUCUAUGGUAAACCCAUCCUCCCCACCUCCUCCACCUCUCCGUCCCCUGUCCCGUUUCUCCAGGGAGGAGGAGGAGGAGGAGUAAGAGCAGGAGGAGAGGAUGUUACAGAUAAAGAAGGAGGGAAAGGAGGAGGCGAGAGCAGCGAUGGGCAAAUCCUCCCUUCACCCAGCGUGGACAACAUCCCUCGUCCCCUCAGUCCCACUAAGCUCACCCCAGUUGCCCACUCCCAGCUGCGUUUCCAGAGUGACGCUGACCUGGAGGUUCUCCGCCGACGUCUAAGCAAUGCCCCACGACCACUGAAGAAACGGAGCUCAAUCACUGAGCCUGAGGGCCCACAGGGGCCAAACAUCCAAAAGCUACUUUACCAAAGGUUCAACACGUUGGCGGGAGGCAUGGAGGGAGGCUCAGGCAAUACUUUCUACCAGCCUGACUGCCUUUUGGGUGACAUGGACAACAUCCAUUCAGCAAAUGGGAAUGUAGAAUCUGGUGACAAGCACAAAAGUAUGACACCCGUGGAGGGGGAAGUUCAAAACCUGAACUCGGGCUCCCGCCGCUUGUCCCCUCCUUCUGUUGUCACAGAAACAUCCAAAGAGACGACAGCAAAAGCAGAAACUACCAAUAAUGUGUCUCUUUCAAGCCAACCCAGCCCAUCCCCGGCACCUGAUAGGCUAGAAGACCAGAACAAUAACAACCAGAGAGGACCUAGUCCCGCACACAACUCUGUAGGCCACGCCUCCCCUUCUCCAUCACCUCCUGCUCCACCUUCACUGCCUAAGGUGAAGCGAACCAACCUGAAGAAGCCGUCGUCAGAGCGAACAGGCCACGGCCUCAGAGUCAAGUUCAACCCUCUAGCUCUGCUGCUGGACGCAUCGUUAGAGGGAGAGUUUGAUCUGGUGCAGAGGAUUAUAUAUGAGGUGGAAAAUCCCAGUAUGCCUAAUGAUGAAGGCAUAACUCCUCUUCAUAAUGCUGUCUGCGCUGGCCAUCACCACAUUGUUAAAUUCCUGCUGGACUUUGGAGUUAACGUAAACGCAGCCGACAGUGACGGAUGGACUCCUCUGCACUGUGCAGCUUCAUGUAACAGCGUCCACCUCUGUAAGAUGCUGGUGGAGUCCGGGGCCGCCAUUUUCGCCACAACAAUUAGCGAUGUGGAAACAGCGGCAGACAAAUGUGAAGAAAUGGAGGAGGGCUAUACACAGUGUUCUCAGUUCCUCUAUGGUGUACAAGAAAAGCUGGGUGUGAUGAACAAAGGCUUGGUCUACGCUCUCUGGGACUACACGGCCCAGCAGGCUGAUGAGCUGUCCUUCAGCGAGGGUGACGCCCUCACCGUGCUGCGGCGGCGCGACGACACUGAGACGGAGUGGUGGUGGGCGCGGCUUGACGACCGCGAGGGAUACGUACCCAGAAACCUGCUGGGGCUGUAUCCAAGGAUCAAACCCAGACAACGCUCACUGGCAUAAAGCCCAGCCCAGGAGCCACGUGCACGCUCGCAGAGGGCGCAUGCAUACAGAGAAGUAGAGGGGCAGCAGCAUGUGGGCGGAAGCAUUAGCCGGGAAAGCAAGAACAAAGGAUUGAGGUAGUCGGGAGGCUGAGUGAGGGAAGAAAGAGAGAAACAAAGCUGGACUCUGAAGAAGUAACUUUUUUCCCGUUUGUUUGGAUGUGAUGCUGGAACCACAGAGCCACUUUAUGGUAGAAUCAUAAUACAUUUUCACUGAGUCGCUGCAGUUAAAAGAAAUUGCCUGUAUCUCAUUUUGAGCAACAGUAGCUUGGCAACUUCACACGAGUUCAGCCGCAUGAGAGAAGCUGAAUAGAAAAAACCCAGAAAAUGAUCUAUCAUUUGGAUGCAGCUUUGAGUUCUUCCAGCUCAGAACAUGAGCGCAUGAGCUUGGAAUUAUAAGGCUCUGUCUGACAUUUACCCAAACAAUCUUGAUCCUUGAAUGCCACUUUAUUUUUGUAUGGUGUUGAUUAAAAAGAAACACCCAGAUGGAUUUUCAUGAAUCUGAGCUCAUCAUCUGCAAAUGGAUGUGCUCUUCCUCAAUGGCAAUGAACAUGUUAUGUUGUCUGAAAACACUUUCACACUGUGUGGUGUGAAGAUUUAUAUGCAGUAAAUUUACAGGCUGGAUCAGGUGAAAGUAUGUGUGAGAUGUGAAAUGUGAAGUUGGAGAGAGGGAAGUGAGAAGAGAGGACAGAUAGUGUGACUCUGAAUGUGUGUUAAAGUCAGGUUUUGUCAGGUCGUUGAUGGAGCAGCUAUUAGCAGUGUUAGUCGGGAAUAACGUUGGAAGUGCAACAACCAAAAGACUAAGAAACGGAAUGCAACAAGCUUUUGCUGCAUGGUGGCUGAGGUCCAGAUCAACCCACAUGAGCGUUGACAAUGUAAUUUUAUGGCAUGGUAAAAAAAAAAAAAAAAAAAAGAAAAAAAAAGGUUUGAACUGAUAUUAGAAGAAUAUUUCGAUUCUGAUUUCACAAAAUGAUAAAAGAAGCAUAUGGACGUCUCAGCAUUUUACUAUUCCGUGUUUAUGUUGACUCAGCACUGGCGCAUGCUGUCAUAUUAACAUCUGUUCAAGUGCAAAAUGGUUGCUGCUGGUGAAACAGGAGGAAAAGAGGAGGCAAGAAGGAAAACAAGAGUGUGAGAAAUGAAUUUUGUGAAACCAAAGCACAGAGAAAAUGGGUUUAGAGGUGAAAAUGGGAGAGAAGGGAUUCAAGUGACAAUUUUUUCUUCAUUUGAAAUAAAACUUCUGCCAGUCUCUACCCAUUAACACACAAAACCUACACAGUACCUAGUCCUCAUACUGGGGCAAUACUGGUAUAUAGUGUUUAAGGAUUUCAUAUUCGCCAGUCCACUUGAAUACAUCACAUAAAAGCUGUCUUGUCUUCAAAGUCAAGGCAAAAAUUGUCAUAGCAACCCCAGCCUCACCCGGGCACACUGGAAACAAAGUUGAGACGCUAGAAAAUAUAGUUGUAUACAUUAUCCCUAGGCUGACUGGUAAAAUGGGGCUAAACUAGCCGAGAGUGAAUGAAGAGUGUGAAAACAACUUUCUUGAAAUGUCAUCUCUGAUUUUAUUUUUCAUAUUUACAUACUUCAGUAGUUGUAUGAAAUGUAUUAUUCCCUGAUUUGUUGUUUUAUUUAAAACAAAACAUUGAAAUAUGUUUUUCUAUUGUCGUUAUUAUCAUUAUUAUUAUUAUCAUCAUUAUUAUUAUUAGACACAGUGCUCUUGUUUCUUUUUAUCUGGGCUGUGUCAGUCACUCACUGCUGCCACCCAGUGUACAGGACGGUUUUGACACAUUUAUUUCCUUAAACAUGCUGUGUAAGAUAUAAAGCAAUAAGUUGAGUGAUGUUUGAUGUGAGAAUGGCACAUUGGUCUGAGGAGUGCGAACCAUUACUUUGUGUAUAUGCAAACUACACGGCUAAUGUUCAAUAAUAAUAAAGAAAUUAUAAUCCCUA